AUGGAGAAAGACUUAGCCUGCAUCAUCGUGAAAGAAUCCUCUGCAUUUGCUGAUACCACUUCAUUUAUUCUUAUUCAUUUUCGACUCAUUGUGGUCCCUCAAAAGACAGAGAGACACUAUGACCUUGCAUUGUACAAGUUCUUAUGGUGUUUGUGCCUCCUGGCCUUCACAUCUCUCCCUAAGCAGGUAAUGGCACCACCCCCCGCCCCCCGGCACAAGAUAGGUGUUGUGGGCCCUUGGUCUCGUGAUCAUUUGUUCUCAAAGGCCCUGUCUGAAGUUGCUGCUCAAUUAGUCACUGAAUGGAUCAGUAGAGACCCAUUAUUUGACCUGGGUUAUUCUUUUGAAUAUGUGAUUUUCAAUGAAGGCUGCCAGACUUCCAGGGCCCUUUCCAGUUUCAUUUCUCACCACCAGGUGGCUUCAGGAUUCAUUGGACCUGUCAACACCGGCUACUGAGAGGCAGCCCUGCUGCUAGGAAACAGCUGGGACAAAGGGAUUUUCUUUUGGGCUUGUGUAAAUUAUGAAUUAGAUUUAAAAAAUAACGAUCCGACCUUUUCUCGGACACUCCCUUCUUCCAUGGUGAUGGUAACUGUCAUGGAAUAUUUCCAGUGGGCUCAGACUGGAGUAAUUUCUUCAGAUGAAGACAUUUGGGUGCACACAGCCAAUCAAGUUGCAAAUGCUCUUCAGAGCCAUGGCCUCCCUGUAGGGGUCGUCCUGAACACAGGACAAGACAUUCGGGAACCUCUUCUGUAAAUUUGCCUGGCAGACAGAAUUCGCAUAAUAAUCAUGUGUAUGCAUUUGGCCUUGAUUGUGAGAGGGACUCAAACAUAUUCCUUGGAAUGGGCUCAUGAUCUAAAAAUGACUGAUGGAACCUAUGUCUUUGUUCUCUAUGAUGCCCUACUCUACAAUUUACCUUAUAAGCAUACCCCCUACCAGUUCCUGAAGAGUAAUCCAAAACUCUGGGAAGCCUAUGAUGCUGUGUUCACCAUUACAGUGGAGUACCCCAAAAAGACAUUCUAUGAAGCCUAUACAGAGGCAGCAACUAGAGGUGAAAUUCUUGAGAAACUGGAGUCAGAUCAAGUUUCACCGUUGUUUGGAACCAUCUACAAUUCAAUUUACCUUAUCGCACAAGCCAUGAAUAAUGCUGUGAAAGAAAAUGGACGGGCUAGUGCUGCCAGCCUGGUUCAGCAUUCCAGAAACAUGCAGUUCUGUGGAUUCAACCAGUUGAUAAAGACAGGUUCAAAUUGAAAUGGAAUUUCAGAAUAUGAAAUCCUGGACACCAACUGGAAAGAAUGGGAACUCCAUGGAACUUACACUGUGGACAUGGAAACAGAGCUGCUACAAUUCAUAGGGACUCCCAUUCACUUCCCUCGUGGCAGGCCUCCUGGAGCAGAUGCAAAAUGUUGGUUUGCAGAAGGGAAGAUCUACUGAGGAGGCAUGGGCCCUGUCUUUGCUGUGAUGGUCUGCCUUGCUUUGCUUAUAACCCUGCUAUCUAUUAAUGGAUUUUCUUACUUUAUAAGGUGUCAUAUAAAUAAAAUCCAGUUGAUUAAAGGACCCCAUAGAAUUCUACUGACUUUGGAGAAUGUGACAUUUAUCAAUCCCCAUUUUGGCAGUAAGGGUAAUUGGGUGUGGCUGAAAAAGUUCCCCUCUGGAGAUGUUAAGUCCAUCAAAUCCAGUGCAAGUGAUAAAACCAAUCUGAUGAGAGACCUAUAUCAUGAAAAUAUUAACCCUUUGUUGGGCUUCUUCUAUGAUUCGGGAAUGUUUGCCAUUGUGACAGAAAUCUGUUUCCGAAGGAGUCUAGAAGACAUACUGAUGAAUGAAGAUGUGAAACUAGACUGGAUGUUUAAAUCAUCACUCCUGCUGGAUCUCAUUAAGGGCAUGAAGUACUUACACCAUAGAGAGUUUGCUCAUGGGAGGCUGAAAUCUCGGAACUAUGUGGUAGAUGGGCAUUUUGUACUAAAAGUGACAGAUUAUGGCUUUAAUGACAUCUUGGAAAUGCUAAGACUCUCCCAAGAGAAACCUUCUGAAGAAUUGUUGUGGACAGCCCCUGAACUGCUGAGAGCCCCCAGGGGAAGCAAGUUAGGUUCUUUUGCAGUAGAUUUCUAUAGCUUUGCCAUCAUCAUGCAUGAAGUGAUGGUCUGGGGAACCCCAUUCUGCAUGAUGGACCUGCCUGCUGAAGAAAUCAUAGACAGACUUAAGAAGCCUCCUCCUGUGUAUAGACCAGUAGCUCCUCCUGAGCGUGCCCCUCCAGAAUGUCUCCAGCUGAUGAAGAAGUGCUGGGCUGAGGCUGCAGAACAACGACCAACUUUUGAUUUAAAUACAUUUAAUCAGUUCAAAACUUUCAAUAAAGAGAAAAAGACCAAUAUCAUUGAUUCUAUACUUUGGAUGUUGGAACUAUAUUCUAGCAACUUGGAAGAUCUGAUCCAGGAAUGGACUGAAGAGCUGGAAAUUGAAAAACAGAAAAACUUCACACAGAUGCUACCACCAUAUGUAUCAGUUGCUGAAUCCCUCAAAAAGGGCUGCACGGUUGAACCUGAGGGCUUUGACUUGAUCACCUUGUACUUCAGUGACAUGGUGUGCUUCACCACCAUCUCAGCCAUGAGUGAGCCCAUUGAGGUGGUGGAUCUUCUCAAUGACCUGCACAUACUCUUUGAUGCCAUCAUUUGCAGUCAUGAUGUCUACAAAGUAAGUUAAUAACCAUUGGUGAUUGGUGAUGCUUACAUGGUGGCAUCAGGCCUCCCAAAGAGGAAUAGCAGUAGGCAUGCAGCUGAGAUUGCAAGCAUGUCCCUCGAUAUCCUGAGAUCUGUGAGUAUUUUCAAGAUGCGGCACAUGCCAGAGGUGCCAGUCUAGAUUUAAAUAGGCCUGUACUCAAGGCCAGUUGUUGAUGGAGUGAGGGGCCUCACCAUGCCCAGAUACUGCUUAUUCGGAGAUACUGUGAACACAGCUUCUCGGAUGGAAUCAACAGGGUUACUUUAUUACAUUCAUGUCAUUCAUAGCACUAAGACAAUUCUUCAAGCUCUGAGUGAGGGCUAUGAAGUGGAGCUUUGUAAGGGCAAAGGCACAGAAAAAAAAAGUUUCACAAAGCCCCUUCUUGUGCCCCCACCAGUGGGCGAAGUGGGUAAUCAAGUGGGGCAUGGCCUGCAACUGGUGGUUAUUGCAGCCUUCCAAAGAAGAAAAACAGAAAGGCAGCUGGUAAGAAACAAGCCAUAA